GGGUGGGGGCUAAAUCUAACCUGCUGGAAGUUGAUUGACUUGACCAUUAGAUCCCCUUCUUGACGUUUCAUAAUACCUUUACAUCACUUCCUUCUACUGACCUGGUUAAACAUGCAGUGGAAUGGGGCCAAGUUUUACCUAUGAAAAUGAAAUCUGCAACUUCCCCUCCUUGAGGAAGACACAUAUUCAGGCCUAUUUAGUUCAGUCUUGUGGCUGAGUGGAAACAUCUGCUCGUCUACUUCUAGUUUGUGUGGUAGGUCUGUAUUUCCUGGUGGAAGCAGAAGUUUCAGCAAGCUUUUUAUUUUCUUUCAUCUGCCAGAAGCAGAAAUGCCUCAGAUCCCAAAGAAGGCGGACCGUUGAAGGUAGACGCUCGAGUGUCUGGAAUGGUGAAAGAACCCAAAACUCACAGAGGAGAUUCGGUGGGAUAAGGGGAAGAAGAAGCCUUCCCCUAUAACACUGGCAAUGAAUUCAAUUUUUGGUGGAAGAUGUCUGUAUGGAUGUUAUAUUCCUGACUGGGCAAUGCUUGUAGCAGCUGUGGUUGUCUUCUUGAUGCUGCUGGCAAUUGUGGUCCUCUCCAUAUGUCUUUGCCGGGUCUGUAAAAGAGUGAAGAAGCGAAGAAUGUCACUGGUACGUUUAGAGGGAUUUAAGAGCCAGAUGGGCAGAAGAGGAAGUGUGAAUGCGUCAGAAAACACCUGCGAAGCCGAUUUGCAUUAUGCCGAAUUACAAAACCUCCCGGCCUUCGGCAGAGGUCAGUGUGAUGGGGGAGCCAACCUGGAUGCUCAGAACAGUGACUACGCUACAGUGGCUGUGCUGAAAGAAGAUCCCAGCGAGGAAGAUUUUGGCAGUCACCAGCAAAAAGAGGACAGUGGGGUAGAGGAUGGGGUGAGGGAUGACCAGGUUUUUGUAGAAGCUGAAUCAGCUUCAUGUGACUUGGAAUAAGGGAGUCGGCCAAGGGACAGAAGCUUUGGGUGUUCCAAAUGGAUGGCAAGGCUCUUGUGCUAACAUUUUCCUUCUUGAGAAGCCCAAUUCUACAGCUAUACAGGUAGUCCUCGACUUACAACAGUUUGUUCAGUGGCAGUUUGAAGUUAAGUUCAAAGAGGGUGAUAAGUCACUUUUACCCAUGCCAUUGUAACUUUGAUGGCAUGGGGAAAAGUGACUUAUCACCCUCUUUCACAUGUACAACCAUUGCCGCAUCUCCAUGGUCACAUGAUUGAAAUUCAAAUGCUUGGCCACUGACUCCUAUUUACGACCUUUGCAGUGUCCCGGGGGUCAUUAUGAUCACCUUUUGUGAACUUCUGACGAGCAAAGUCAACG